AUGUUAUACUUUUUAUAAUCAAUUGAUCAAUUCGGGGUUUAGUAGAAACUGUAGAUUCCUCCAAUCAACCCUACUUAGAAAAGUGUUUUUGGUGGAUUAGUAACUUUAACUUUGUAUAGUAUAAGCUUAGGAUAUUUUCUAUUUCAAUUUGUUGAUUGGCAAUAAAAUAAUAAACUUCCUAAAGUGACUUCUCUACAAUAAUAGAUCAAUGUUGAAUAAAAAUUGAAUUUGCAAGGAGUGUUUGCUGAAAUAAGCUACUUUUAAGAACUUUCACAUUAAAUAGAUCCUUUUGAUCCAUAGAACAUGAUAUUAUAGCCAUUAUUGGUUAGUUCAUCUAGUUAUUAUGAUGUAUAGCUAUUUUAUUUCUUAGUAAACAAUUAUCAACACAACUUUCUAAUCUAGGAAAACUUCAGAAGGUAAAACAUAAAAUACGCUCUUUAUAGAAGAUAUUGUAAUUUCAAAUUCUCCAAUAAGUUCAUCGGAGCAUAAAUACAUUAAUUAUUAGUUAACCUUUGGAUAUUGCAAUCCUGAUUUACUUUAAAGUGGUUAAAAUUGUGCAAAUUUAGAUUUAAUCAAUAAAUUCUUUUUAUAAGAUAACUAUUUUUAGAUUAUGAUUUAUUUAGAACAAUUUGAUCCAAGAAGUAAAUAAAUUACCAAAAUUCCUAAAUUUUUUGUUUUUGAAAUGAUGCAAAAAUCCUAUUUUUAAAAUAUAUUUACUUUAAAAUCAACGGAUUUGAUUUUGGAUGAUGGAUUUUUAUUCCCCAACUCUAAUUAAUAAACUUAUCUUUCUGACUUAUCUGUAAUAACCACCUAAUUUGAUUAAGAAUAUGCUCAAAAAACUUAUGGAUAGGAAAUAAUAGCUGUUCUUUAUUUUAACUUAGAUUAAAUAAAGACAGUAAAUAUGGUUGAAUAUCCAAAGAUAUCAGAGAUAUUAGCAGAUACAGGUUCAAUUAUAUCUUGGAUUCUUUCAAUAUCAUGUAUAGUAUCUAAAUACAAUGAAAAUUUAAGUGUUGAAAAAACUUAGAAAGAUAUAAUAACAAUGUACUAUCAUGAUUUUAAUGAUUUUAUUAUUUAGAAGAAUUGGAUGGGUCAUAUUAUAAAGGUUAAUUAUAAAGGAAAAGAAUAUGAUCUCAAAAAAUCAGAAGAAAUUAUCAAUAAAUUAGAUACUAUUGCUAUUAAAAAAAUGAAUUACUUAAAUCUAUAAAAUGAAGUAGCCAAGUAAUUAUUUUAUUGUAUUCUAUUAGAUUAUAAUUAAUCUUAUAAGAACAUUUAGGAGUUCAAUAAAUUAAAAAAUAUUUAUAAUCCUAAUAUAAAUUAGAAUCAUUAUUUGAUAAAUUAGGAAUACCUGAUAAAUCCUUUGAGUAAGAAAUAAAUUAAAUAGUAAUAUCUUUUUUCAUUCUUUAAGCAUGCUGAACAUGAGUUGUAAUAGGAUAGAAUUUAAUAAUUUAAUAUCGAAGGAGAGAUUGAUUUAAAAAUUAAUAAAGAUACUAUAGAACAUGAAAUAGAUUUUAGGAUGGGACUUUUAGAUAUGAAAAUAAUUGAAAAUGGCGAACUAAAAGAGCAAAACAGUUUCUAAAUUUAGGAAUCCUUUUAAAAUAUAAAUAAUUAUUUAACUGCCAUCAAUGUUGAUAAGCCUGAUGAUGCUAAAUGA